ACCGGGUGUCUGCGGCCGACAACACAGUUGCCCUCCGAACGCUUCUGUCCAACAACGGUCAACCCGCCGACAAAUCCUCUACAAGGCCAACCGCCACCAAGCGUCUGCUCAUCAACCACGGGAGCAAUAUUUGGAUCUUGCGCCACGUAGCAUGACCAGCGAUAUUUAACUGCCGUUAGUAUCGCGCCGGCAGGACGAUGCCGGGCACUCCUGCUCCGUAGCAGCCAGCCUCCCGCCUCCGACCGACCCGCAACUCGCACUCGCAGCCAUGGACAGCGCAAAGGAGAAGCUAACCUCGCUCCUGGACGAGCUGUCCAAGGCGAGCAAGCUGCCCAGGCUUUCAGCGGCAGCCCAAGAUGUCGACAAGAUCAUCGAGCUGCUCAGCGAAGCACGCGAGCAGAUCGCCAAUGGUAUGGACCCGCACAUGGCGAGCUUGACCAUGACCAAGCUCCAGAACCCCAUCCGGACGGCCUUCGACAAGGUCAAUGACAGCCUGAAAGCGGCCUCGUCCACACACAAGAAGAUUGGCAGGUCAUUAGAUAAGCACUUCCCUCUAAAACCACUGCCCUCCGACACCGACACCAUGGCGAAGCACAUCCCGCUCAUUAACCGCGCCAUCGCCAUGCACCUACUCCGAGAAGGCCAGUUUGGCGUGGCCGCGACGUUUCUAGACGAGACGCAGGCAAAACACCCAUCGUCUGCCUCUUCCCGCCCUGACGAUCGCAUGGUCCAAGACGGAGACGAGGCGGUAGCGGAUGGCGAGGAUGGCAUGGACGGAUCUGGGGACGCGGACUUCUCAAUGCUCCACUCGCACGAGCUCCAAGACAGAUUCACCGAGAUGUACAGCAUCCUGCAGGAAUUGAAAACACAUAACCUUCUCCCCGCCAUCGAAUGGGCCCGCGCGAACUCGGCCGAGCUGGAGGCCCGCGGCAGCAAUCUCGAGUUCGAGCUCACCAAGCUGCAAUACAUCUGGCUGUUCAAGGGCCCCGCCGUCAACGGCCUGCCCGACGACGAGAACAACGGCCAAAUCGGCGCGCUCACCUACGGCCGCCUCCACUUCGGGCGCUUCCAGGGCCGCCACAUGCGCGAGAUCCAGCGGCUCGCCAGCGCCAUGGUCUUCGCGCCGAACCUCCCCGCCUCGCCCUACCACGACAUCUUCUCCAUCGACAGCGCCUUCGCCGACGUCGCCUCCUCCUUCACCCGCGAGUUCUGCAGCCUGCUGGGCCUGUCGGCCGAGUCGCCGCUGUACCUCGCCGCGACGGCCGGCGCGCUGGCCCUGCCGCAGCUCCUCAAGUACACGCUGGCGACGCGCGCCCGCGGCACCGAGUGGACGACGGCGCAGGAGCUGCCCUACGAGACCCCGCUGCCGCAGAGCAUGCUCUUCCACAACAUCUUUGUCUGCCCCGUCUCCAAGGAGCAGACGACCGCCGCCAACCCGCCCAUGGUGAUCCCCUGCGGCCACAUGCUCGCCCAGGACACGCUGCAGAAGCUCUGUAAGGGGAACCGCUUCAAGUGCCCGUACUGCCCGAGCGAGGGCCUGCUGAAGGACGCGAGACCGGUCGUUUUGUAGGACCCCGGCUCGGGCUCGGCAUGGGGCGGCAGAGGCAAAAGGGGCCGGCGGGGCGGAUGCCCCUAGCGGUGCUGCCGAUAACAACUGCAGUGGGCGCUGAGUUGCGGCCGCCUGCUGCUGCUGUUGUCGGCCGUGCAAUGCACCACACUGCAAUUUCACUGCUUUCCGUCCCCUCUUCAGCACUGCCCGCGCUUUCGGGGACGAUGCAUGAGAAACGGGACUCGUGGGCAUUUUUUUCCCCCUUCGUUUUCCAACUGGCAGCAGGGCGGAGACAUAGAUAUUUGGACUCCGUAACCCCGGAGGAGAGAGGCAUCCCU